UCCUCGCCGCGCGGCCGCUUCCCGGCGUGUACUCAUCGGGGGUCGCUGCCGCGGGAGCCCGACGCCCUCCCGGUGGGCCGAGAGCCUGUGAGGGGCCCCUGUCCCCGCUCGGCUUUAGCUCGGAGCCGGUCUCUCUUGGGAUCGGUUACGCGGGUGCAGUGCGUGUAGGACGGGCUUUCGGAAAGUCCUGGCGGGGCGGGAUGCGUGGUGGGAACGGACGAUGCGGGAUUUCAGGAUUUUGAGCUUGUUGGGCACCGAAGUAAGCUUCGGAGAUCCGAUUCUGCACGAGCGUCCGGAGGGCCCCAGGUGCACUCGUGAAUAUUGGAGAAGAGCGCGGUGCUCGGGCUGUCAGCGCGGGUAGCGCCCCUUCCCAUUGGAGGGCUGGCGCCAGAGAGAGCUGAAGGGGGGUCCAGGCCGCCGGGCUGCAGGCGGCUGCGAGCUCCCCGUUCAGGGACGAGCACGGGCAGGGACCGCGAGGGAGCCGCCCUGAGGCUUCGGAGACAGCACGCGCGGCCAGAUGCGUAGGUACCUGCGCCGACACCAUGACCAGGUGGGCACGAGUCACGACCACGCGCAGCAAGAGGCCCUUGCCUGCGACGUCCUGGGAGGACCUGAGGAAGGGGUCUUCCGAGAGAGCCGGCCAAAACCUGCCGAGGCGCAAGCAGCCCGACGAGGCACCCCAGGCCAAACGGAAGAAGAACAGGAAGAAAAAAGAGUACUUGAAUGAGGACGUCAACGGGUUCAUGGACUACCUAAGAGAGCACGCGCACGGGGGUCCGCAGGGGCCGGCUCUGGCCGCGGACAGUGAGGACGUCAGGGAGGAAGUAGCACGCGCUCUCAAGAAAGACAGUCGCCGCGAAGGGCGCCGGCUGAAGAGACAAGCGGCCAAGAGGAACGCGAUGGUAUGUUUCCACUGUCGGCAGCCUGGCCAUGGGAUCGCAGAUUGUCCGGCUGCCCUGGAAAAUCAAGAAAUGGGCACUGGAAUAUGUUACCGGUGUGGGUCCACAGAGCACGAGAUAACCAAGUGCAAGGCCAAAAUAGACCCGGCUCUUGGUGAAUUUCCUUUUGCAAAAUGUUUUGUGUGCGGGGAGAUGGGGCACCUGUCCAGAUCUUGUCCUGACAACCCCAAAGGACUCUACGCUGAUGGUGGUGGUUGCAAACUUUGUGGCUCUGUGGAACAUCUGAAGAAAGACUGCCCCGAAGCUCAGAAUUCAGAGCGCUCGGUCACGGUUGGUCGCUGGGCGAAGGGAAUGAGUGCCGACCAUGAAGACAUUCUAGAUGUGCCCAAGCCACAGAAACCCAAAACAAAAGUCCCGAAGGUUGUUCAUUUUUAGUAAGGAUUAGAACCGCCGCUGUCACUUUGCAAACUGGGCGCGCUGGAGCCACGCCGCUCUCCGUGUGCAGUGAGCCGUCCUGCCUGGCCGAGGAAGCACUUCUGCGCUGUCCGGAGAAGCCACCGAGGACGUGGAUUUCCCCAGAGGACGAAUUCUUAACAGACCAAGAAGUCACUGCGCCGUUCCAGUGCUGACUGCACUCCCGGGAACUGCCCCUGGACACAGGGCACCUGCAUUGCCAGCGAAUUUUUUAGACAUACUUUUUUCUGGAUUCAGAGUAUCCAUUUUUAUUAUAACAAAUUUAUUUAUACAAAUUGACAUGAAAUAAUGUAUUUUUAAAAUAGUGAAUAAAAACACAUUUACUAUUUGCUUA